UUUUCACAUUCUACGUAAUCUUAAGUUAAGAGACAUGGUAGGAAUUUUAGAUCAAGUACUGUCUAAUACUAUCCAGCCUGUGACUGGGUCAUGUGUUUUUAAUGAGUUUGGGCGAUGUUCAACAACUCGUGAAUUCGGAAUAAUUUGUAGAAAUCAUGCGGAUCAAAUUCUUGGAAUCGUAUUAAUAGAAGAUAUUGUUUCAACAGGCUUGAAUGACCAUAAAACUUACAAAAUCAGCGCAACGGAGAAACGAGAUAUAUUUCUACCGUUUCCGUUCAAGUUCAAUUUUAAUAACGAGAAUAUCAAUCCUGAGGUUUCUCCAUGCUUAGAUAAAAUUAUAUUACAAGAAAAAACGUUAGAAUAUGUGUCACAGAUGAAUUUACCAUCACCCGAAGCCCGACAACGCGUAGUCUCUGCACUUAUGUGUGUUGUUUCAGAUGGAUCAUUCUUUCUUGCAUCGAUGCCUAGAGCGUCAUUUAAUUUUCAAACAUUUUGCACUCCUGGUGUAAAAGCUUACCUAGAAAAACGAUGGGAAAAAACGCAUAUUUACGUCAAACAUACCGUCAACAAUGAAUCUGUAUUAGAUAAAUAUCCAAUGAAAAAAAUGCCUUUAUUUUAUCAAAUUAUAUUGUGUUACGUCACAAUGAGUGUAAAUGUGAUGGAAAAUAAUAUUACAAAUCGUAAUGAGUACGAAAUACUACAGCCAAGAAUUAUACUGAAUGCUGAUAAAUAUCGAUUCGAAUACAUUAACACAAACGAACAAAGACCAUUACUUUUACGACACCGUAAUACAUCGUUUUCAUCACCUCUUAUAUUAGCUGGAUAUCACGUACACCCAUACAAAAUUGAAUUAUUUAAACAAAAUGCUUUGAUUCUUAACUAUUCAGUUGACAAUAUUUCUGGGUUCUGUGACGAUAUUAGUAGAUCUAUUUAAUGAGAGAUUUAAAAUUCCUAUAUCAGUACACUAUAUCAUAACGUGUAACGUCGGACUCCAAACUAAGUAGCAUAUAACUCUUUAGAGCAAUUUUGUAACUUUCAAUCAAUACGAACAAUGGGAUUGAUUUUUUUUUA